GAACACCUUUCUCCUUCCUUUUCAUCCCAUCUGCAUAUUCAUCUCCUUGAGUGAAAACUGGGAAAAAAAGAAUGUAAUAGAGUUUCCGUGUCGUAUGAAAUCGGAAACACGUCGCGUAUCGUGUCGUUCCUAGAGAGCCCCAUGUCAAUGUCAAAGAGGUCCGAACCGGAGAAGACCCACAUGCCCCAACGUCAGCAGCACCCAUCAUUUAUGCGAAUUGACAAACAAGAGAGGCAGCAACAACCCAAAGACCAAAGCUUUCAGGCACAAGACGUAUGUAAGCAGCAGAAAAUGGGUUCUUUUCCAGUCCCGGACGAGAUUGCCCUCAGAAUUGCUUCGUUACUUGAGGUGUGGGAUUUGUGUGCGUUGGCUUGUUGUUGUAGGUGUUGGAAGGAGCUUUGUGGGUCUGAUUGCCUAUGGGAGUCUCUAGCAAAAAAGAGAUGGGCUUCUCUGGAAUUCUCAGACGAGUCUGAGUCUGAGUCUUCAUCUUCCACUGCAAUCAGAAGGCCGAAGGACAAGGGGUGGAGGCCCUUUUACGGGGAGGUUCACGAUCAUAAGGCUGCUAGUGCUGCUUUGGUGAUCGAUUAUGUGGAGAAAUGCUCAAUAUAUGGAUCUCUUGAGGUUGCACAAUAUCAAAGGGCGAUUGAAGACCUGCACGUGAUGAGAUUUGGAUAUGAGGAUGUAGUAUUGCUCCUUUUGAAGCCAAGUCUUAGUGUGCAGAUCAAUCUACUCGGUUUGCAUUACUGCAUGAAUUGGCUUAAAGUGCCGGUCAAAUGUGUUGUGAAAGAACUAAGAAUUAGGAAGUUAGCGGAGCGGCGAGUUUGUGUUAAAUGGUGGACGCUUGGCAAAUGGUCCAACGGUUACGGUAUUCGCAUGAAUGACGAACUACAUUCUCAUCAAUUCACAUUGUUAGAUGUUGCACUUGCAAGAGCAGAGGAGGUUCUUGCAGUGCUGUAUCGAGGUGCUAUUCAUGAGGUACUACGUGUUCAGAUUACAGUGGCAAAGCCCUCAAGUACACCUUCAUCUUCCCUACGUAUAUUCUGAAAUGGUCAGUGGAUUCGGCAGGAAUAACAAUGUUCGUAUAUAAUGUCCUCUUAAUUCUUGCUUGAUGAUCUUGAUAUUUUGUUGUACAUGAUGUGUAUACACCUCUUUUUGGUACUCUUUCACCAAAGAAACCUUCUUUUGUACUUUUUGUGUGCAAUUGUGCAUACAUUAACUUGCCUGGGGCGAUUAAUGUUAAUAUGUAAAAUGAUGUAUUUCACCUACUAUACUUUCAGACUUUCAAUUGAAGGUGAUCAGUUUGGCUA